AUGCUGCAAAAACUGAGCGCCCUCUGGAAGGUGUCAAGGGAGAGCAUAUGCCAGCCAGAUGCGACUCCGAGCACUACCGGCGACGGGGCCCCGCCGCACACUCCCGACAGCUCGCCCAAGCCUUGCGCGCGGUCCGCUACAACGGCAAGGGACCAGCAGAACAACCCCCUCUGCGUGCCCUCCGACAGAUCGACGAUCAGGUCUCACCGAACUGCGGACGCGCAACGCGUAGAAAGCAGUGACUUCUCUCCUUCCUCGGUGCCAGGCCGACCAAUAAGCAGCAAGGCCACCGGUGAUGCAGGCCAACGCACAGGUCUUCCCUCGAUUAGUGGCGCGCCGCUCCUUUCGCGCUCGCCAGCCCAGCAGAAGCAGUCCAUAAAAGCACUCAGUGCCUCACCGACAAGGAGUGGCUCCCACACCCCUUUCCUGGCAUCGCCUUCACAGCGGCCGCGGAUGACGUCUCCUCUGGCACCACUGGGUCAAGGUCAACAGCGUCUACCACGGGCCAACGCCAAGGCGCCGCUCGGUCCCCCCACAGCUACCGCCUCGACACCGAAGACUGCUGGCAAUGAGGGAUGCGUGGGUAUCUACACGAUGCCCCGCCGGCUCACAGCGAAUUUGGCGCACACUCUAGACAGCUGUGUCAUGUACGGGACUCUCUACGACAACAGCGGGACUGAGGUGAAUGAAAGCUCUCCGCAGCCGCAUCCUUCAGAGCCGCCGUACUCUAUGCUGCAGUGUCGGACGCUUGCAGUGCUGCAGCCGUCCCAUGCACUCAAGGGCGCUAGUGAGCCGGCCCCUGAUACAGUUCCGCGGAGGCGCACGGAGAGUGAUAGCGUGGACAACAAUGCAUCUGUGCAUGAACCCGAAGUCGAGAAAAACUUUCACGAGGCGAUGCUCUAUCUUUCCAGGUUCAUGAGCGGCACUCGUAACGAGACGACGGGAGCGAUGAGCGAUGGUGCGGGUGGCACUGCCAUCAGAGGCGGACGAGCGAAUCGCAGCGGUCUUCUCCGUACGCUUCGGUCUUCAAGGCACGCCAGCGAUGCUACCAGUGAUCCGGCGAAUUCGUCGAGUGCGAAGAACUGCGACUCGAGCGAGGCCUCCGGUUUCAGCCGCCUCGACUUCGCAUCGCUCUUUGCGACACCCUCGUACGACCUCCGCUGCGAUGAGCCCACAGGAAUGUAUAACGGCACCGCCUUUAAUCAACCAGUGGGCCAGAGCGCUGGCGUAUUCUCUCUUGCCGGCACCACCUCGGACUUUGCGACUCCUCCGGUGAGCAUGACGUCCCGUGUGGCUUCGAAAAUAAAACAAAAUGAGGGAAGCAGUUCGAACGCGCGGCUAGGGCGGCAUGUCGAGGACACUGCAACGGAAGCCUCCGAGAGUGUGAGCGUGCACCCCAAGAAGAUGGAGGAGGACAUGGAGGAGAGCGUGUGCAGCCAGACAGCCGGGACAGCGGUGCUACGCCGCGUUAAUGACCUAGCCCUGUCGCAGUGGAAGUACAUUGCACUCGUUGCCAAUAAGGUGAUGGAGAGGAAGACACUGGUGAGGGCAUCGCGGGCGCUGUCGCAGAGAGUCUCGAGCGUUUCUGGCGCUCUGGAGCUCAACGUGCUGCCGAAUAAUCAACUGCAGGAAGCCUCUGCCGGCGGCGCUAAUCGAAAUGGCAGCUUCCUCCUCGAUGCCACAACAGAAAGCCGCUACAUCUUCGACUCAGACGACGACGAGGUGUCCGUCUAUGACGCCGAUGGCCGCCCGCUGCUGAUCCCAAACAUGAGCGAUUUGUGGGAUGACUUCCGCAGCUCCAACAGCAGCGAUGAGAGUCUUGUCUUUGGUGAGGCGGACGCGUUUACUGCGGAUGACGGCGCAGCCCACGCGGGAAAGGAAGGCGAGAGCGAACUGUGUGCCACUCGCCCGCCCUCGCCAUCCGAGACGAGGCGUUUCCCCGACACUUCACACGAUCAGCAAGCACCGCCGUCUUAUGCAGCUCCCGCUCCUCCAGCCGCACCUGCCCAGCGGCAAAGGCGGCAACCAGUACCCCACAACGGAUCUGUCAAAGGCAGCUGGGGCGGCAGGUGCUAUGACUACAGCAACGGCAACACAAAUCUGUAUCCGGCGUACCAGCGCCACCCUGACCCGCGGACGCAGGAGCAGAUGAGGCGGCAACGAAUCAUGCAGCAGCAGCGCCAGCAGCUGUUCCAGGAACAGCAACGGCGGCACCACUUCCACUCGCUCACCGCGGGCUACGAGAAACACACGCAACCACAGCCACACCCCUAUGCACACCAUCGACAGGGACGAUCUGGGAGCAGACGAGGAUGCCCGAGUAGCAGCGCCAAGAUGCCAUGGCCGCAGCCGGACAUCUACAGCGGUCCAAAAGUGUACACGGGUCAAUCGAAGUUUGUGGACUUUACUGCCCUGAGCGGCAUUCGCCUGAGCGAUGUGAAACGCGUGAACUCGCCGUGUUGGAACUCCAUAAAGCUGGCGGAUGAGAUGGAAAGGUAG